AUGAUAUCAGGGUUCCCUGAUGUCAGUCCCAACAAGAUGAGCAAAUACAUAAAAGUACAGAAAGACAUACGACAAAAAAACACGAAGAAUAAUGUUGUAUAUAAGAUAUCAUGUGCAGAUUGUGAUGCGUCUUAUAUCGGUCAGACUGGUAGACAGUUAAAAACCAGAAUCGCAGAGCAUCGGAAUCAUAUUAGACAUAACACAUCUACACGUUCGGUUAUUACUGAUCAUAGAGUGCAACAUGAUCAUGAAUUUCUUUGGGAUGAAGUGGAAAUUCUUGAUGAAGAACCGUGUUAUAAAAAGCGUUUAGUAUCAUCUGAGAUGUUGAAUAUUAAAAGACAGAAUAACAGUCUUAACUUACAAUCUGACACGAUAGAUCUCCACGAAGCAUAUUCUUCGAUUAUAAACAAAGUCUGA